GUGCGGUGCCGGGACUGGAUUGGGGCAGUAGGCGACGGGGGGCCUGGGAAGGGGCAGCCUGAAGCCAGCUCUUCUCUGAAAGCCCCUUCCCUGGGCUGGGUCCUGAAAGGCCUCAGUGUUUGCCUUUCUCUGGAGAGGGGCCUGGAGGAGUGGGGUGAGGGAGGCUGUGGCCUCACCCAGGCCUGGCCACCGGGCUUGGGAAGCUGUCCGGCCCUUUGUCACCUGCCCACGUCGCAAUCUGCAGGAGGCCCGAGUUUUCUCCUCUCCCUUCAACCCUCCCAGGGCGUCCUUACACACCACAGACCGCUGCUCACCCCAGCUGACUAUAACAGAGCCAUCUCCACCUCUCACUGCCUUCCUGCCUCCUGCCAGACCCCCCUCCUACCCAAAGGGGGCCUUUCCAGCCCUGCAGCCCCAGAUCUAAGAUGUCCAGUCCUCUGGAGUAGGCGCUGGCUGUGAUGGUCACCACCUUCCACAAGUACUCUGGCCAAGAGGGUGACAAGUUCAAGCUGAGUAAGGGGGAGAUGAAGAAACUUCUGCACAAGGAGCUGCCCAGCUUUGUGGGGAAGGUGGAUGAGGAGGGCCUGAAGAGGAUGAUGGGUGAUCUGGAUAAGACCAGGAGGUGCACUUCCAGGGUAACGAUGGCGCCUCUGGAACAGGCCGUGGCUGCUAUUGUGUGAACCUUCCAGGAAUAUUCAGGGCCCUGUUGGAGACAAGUAAAACUCUGCCAGGCAGAGCUCAAGGAACUGCUAGAGAAGGAGCUGCCCACCUGGACCCCGACAGAGCUUCAGGAGUGUGACCACAAUAAGUUCAUGAGUGUCCUGGACACCAGCAAGGAUUGCGAUGUGGACUUUGUGGAGUACACGUGCCUGCUUGCUUGCCUCUGCGCCUGCUGCCGUGAGUACUUCAAGAACUGCGCCCUGGGCCCCCACUGCUCCCAGUAACGGGCGGGGCUGCCAUCGGAGGGUAGGGGUCUGGGUCUGCUCCGGACCUGCUCCAUCUCUGCCCUGAGGUCAUCCUGGGCAUGUCAGCGUUCCCCCCUCCCCCUCCCCCCUCCUUUGUCCCCUCCCUCUAGAAUCUCCCAGGUUUGCCCCUGGUAUGUUAACCCCUUUUACC